AAUCAAAUCUUUGUUCUGUUUCAGUUUGCACUUUUUUCAAGAAGCCAACGAAAAGUAAAAACAUUAGGAAAAGAGCGAUUGAUGCAGAUGAAGAAGAUGGAGAUUCGAAAAAGCUCUAUUUUACAAAAUCUAAAGAAAGUUGCAAAACCUGAUAGCAAGUUGUACUUUUCGUCUGGACCAGCUAAGAGCUCUACUACGAUUGAAGCUGCUGAGAGACCCGUCUUUCACUACGAUUCAUCCAAGGAGAUCCAGGUUCAAAACGACAGUAGAGCAACAGCUACUCUAGAAACUGAAACUGACUUCAAUCAGGACGCACGAGCUAUCCGUGAGAGAAUCACAAAGCUGAGCGAGAAAGCUGGAGGCUCACACGGGCCAUUAAGAGCUUCUGCUCACAUCAGAGUAUCAGCUAGAUUCGAUUACCAGCCAGAAAUUUGCAAGGAUUACAAAGAAACGGGAUACUGUGGAUAUGGAGAUUCGUGUAAGUUCUUGCAUGACCGUUGGGAUUACAAACCAGGAUGGCAGAUAGAGAAAGAAUGGGAAGAAGCAGAGAAAGUUAGGAAGAGAAAUAAAGCUAUGGGAGUUGAGGAUGAAGACGAUGAGACUAUCGCGGGUGGCCAAGAGGGCCCACUUGGAGACUUGGGAUCUCAGCAGGAAAUGCGAAGGUUGCAACAAGCCGGCCGGCCGAUAGACUCUGCAAUUCUUUCUACAAUCAUCACUUGUUCACGACAAGCUUUCUCAUGUAAGUGGGAUUCACAGAACGGACAAGCCGACUCCAUUGUUUAUAAUUUCGGAUCACAUUCUGGUGGUGCUAUGAAAUUAAGAACUAUUGGUUCCUCUUUGGAUCAUUGCUAUGGCUGGUUUGUGAUGUUACUUGGCUACAAACUCAUGGAGACUUCAAGGUUCUUUGAGCAGUAUUCUUCACUUUUGAUACUUAACAGUUUUAUCAAGCUCAUCUUGGAUUCAAGCCACUCACGGCAAAGAAGAUCUCUCAAGUUCUCAUGGCUAUUGAAGAAGAGGACGACAUGUGAUUCAUUUCUCUAUAAUCCAGUUUAUGAAGAGACUGACAACGAUAGCGACGAAGACGAAAAUGCAUUGCCCUUUGCUUGUUUCAUUUGCAGAGAACCUUUCGUUGAUCCAGUUGUCACCAAAUGCAAGCAUUACUUCUGUGAGCAUUGUGCUUUAAAGCAUCACACGAAGAACAAGAAGUGCUUUGUGUGUAACCAACCAACAAUGGGGAUUUUCAAUGCAGCACAUGAGAUCAAGAAGAGAAUGGCUGAAGAACGGAGUAAAGCUGAACAAGGAUUGUGUCCGGUUCCCAGUAACGUUGAUGUUCGUCGGGUGGGUCCGUGUAUAAAACGGGCGUUGGAGAAAUUAGGAUACUCUGGUCCUCUCACCAUCACUGCCGUUGGCAUACUAACAGACGUCCCUCAUGACUUCCUCAGACAAGUCCAUUCCUCUGGAAUCGCUCUUCAUCACGUUCCCACCGAUAUCUCAGGCCUUGGGUGGGCUGUGCUCAAGUGGACCUGGUAUAAUCAACCUCCGGCUAAUUUAAUGCUCAUAUCGUAUGAGCCAAUCUUCUUGGGCACUCUUGGCAAGCUAGAUGAUAUGGAUUCAGGGGCACCUCAGGAGGACAAGUGCGGCGAGACGGGUGAACCUGCCUUGCUUUGUGAGCAAUGCGGAGUUGCUGUCCAAGGCUUUGAAAAUUUCUCCACGCAUCUCAAGAGUGAAGAACAUGCUCAGGAAGGUCCAUUUGAGUCCACAUCCUUCUACCGCAAGUUUCCCUUUCUCACUUCUUCCACUUUUAUCCCGUUGAGUGAAUUCUCUGAUGCUGCUGUGAUGAAGAAGUAUGCAGUGAAGCCAGAUGCUGAAACUCUUGACAUUGUCAACACUGCCGCUAGGAAAACGGUUACAGUAGUGGUGAAGAUAUAUUGGGGAGAUCCUCGUGAGAAGAUUUGUGCAGCAGCUAAACAGAUUCCUCUCUCAAGCCUUGUGAUGGGUAACAGAGGCCUUGGUGGUCUUAAGAGGAUGAUUAUGGGAAGUGUAAGCAACCAUGUGGUCAACAACGUUGCAUGCCCUGUGACCGUUGCCAAGGCUCACACCUGAGUUUGCUCGCAGAACUCUAAAUAACCAUCGUAUAUUCUAUGAUUUGUGUUUGUGGUCGAAAUUUGUAUUGUUAACUGUUGUGUGACUGGAGUAUUGUUCAUCUGUAUGGGUAAAAAACACUUCACCUUCUAAUAAAUACAGAAUCUUGUG